AUGGAAUUAUUCCAAACGGAUUUGCAUUAUAUAAUUUUGGAUGGUGACUUCAGCUUAUGGUGUAACAGAUCAAAUGGAAAAUUAGAGCCUAGAAUAGGUAAACAUUUUUUGUAGGCCCAAUCCAAACCGUGAGACAGCGUCAGUGACUGAGUGAGUGGUGAGCAGACGACAGACCCGACAGUUAACUUUUACCCUUUUUUUGUCUUUUAUUUAGUUUAAGUUCAAUUUGAUUUGACUUUUUUUUAAAGGUAUAUAGUAUAGUCAUAAUAAAUUAAGAAUGAAUAGACCAAGGCCUAUACUUUUUUAGUAGGAGAUUUAAUUAAGGCAAGAAUUCAGUCAAUCAGGGCCAUAUUCAUAUUGAUUGAAUUGAAUUCAAAUGAAUUUGACAUUUACACCUUUCCUUUAUACACUUUAUACAGGGCUUUAUUUAUUUACAUAAUUUGCAAUAUAUUUAAUAUUUAUAGAUCUAAAAGUAACAGUAGUAACACUCAUUUAGGAUUAAUUAGAAUUAGACAGUAGGCUUUAUUCCCAUGAGUAUCAGUGUCGUUGGGACUUAGAUAUUGUUUGGGAAUAUCUGAAAAUCGUUAUAAUUUAUUAUAUUUGAAAUAGAGGCCUCCUCCAAUUUAAAUAAAAUAUACAUAGAGAGUUUAUAAUGCUACUACUACUAGUAGUUUAUGAAUAAUUUAAUUAACUUAACCAUUUUAUUUACUCAGAGCAGGGCUGUGCUAAGGUCCAAGUUCAUUUAAAAUACUCCUAUUCCUAUAUUAUGCUGGUAUCUAAAAAAAUAAAAGCAUCAUUACUUUAUUUAUAAAAAUUGUCUACACUGAAAUCAACCUUAAUUCUAGAGUAUUACAAUUUGGAUCAAGGCAAAAGAGACCAUCCAUUAUACAGGUCAUGCUAUUUUGGCCAAUUUAUUUUUCUUUAUUUUGCUAAAAUAGAUACUGAGACAAUCACACAAUUGACAAGCCCAUAAAAUCCAAUUAACCACAUUAUGUUAAAGAAUAGCCUAGUUAAACCCAUAACUGUAGCUUUGCAUUGCCAAACAUUGAAUGUUGUAUUCUGUCUGUUAAUAUUAUUAAUAUCACCAAUUUUUUUACCUUGUGAAACACCAUAUUAAAAGGUUCUGUUCUUACUAGUUUGAUAACUGUCUUUAGAUUUGAUAAUCCAAAAUUUUUUUCGUUUAAUUUAAUGUAACCAUCUAAGUAGAUAAUAAAGUAUGGUAAAUUUACGCAUUCCACGCCACUCAUUUCCCCAUGUUUUGGUACUACUUUUUUCCUAUGGCCACCAUCUUUGUUGCCAUGAUGGCAGGCGUGUCACUGCAACAAAGGUGGUGGCUAUGUAAAAAAAAAGUAGUGCAAAAACACAUCUGCUUAAAUGGGAAGGGGAAAUUCUGCUUAAAUGGGAGGGGGAAGGAAGAGAAUGCGUUGUUUUAACUACUUACUUCGAAACGAAAAUUAGAAAAAUGAUGUUAAAAUUUAUUGAAAUAAUCUUUUGAGAAAAACCUUCAAUCUUAAAAUCUACAACUUUACCUAACAUGAAUAAUAAGUUAGUAUCCCUAACUCAAGCAUGAAAAUUUAGUGCCCCCACCACCCCGCCCCCCCCCCCCCCGUGUAAAUCUACAAACCUAAAGUCUUUGAUCUAGUGCCUAAUGUGAGCCCUAAAACCAUGAGUUCAUGUGCUGCAGUUAACACUGGACUGAGAAAAUCAUAAAUUUGAAUAAAAAAUUUAAAAUAUUUUUAAAUAUUCAAAAGUAUUGUUAUGUUUCUUCUUUUUUUUAAAAUUAGAAAUUCUCUUAGAGCAGAUUAUAUAAAGAUUGCUCUUGAAAACUAUCUGUAAAUUAAAAUAAAAAGCACAAAUAAUGACUUAUUUUUAUAACGUUGCAUAUUUAUCACCAUAGUUUUAGCUUACCGUAUUUUACAGCCUAUAAGACGCUACUGACUAUAAGACGCACCUUAAUUUUUAAAUAAUUAAAACAUUUUUUUUUUUACCAUUUUUAUUAUUAGAUUGCAAAGCCAGACUAAAAAAAAUUCUUAGUUUAUAAAACUGAACUGACCUUUAAAAUCCCUGAAAAUUGCCAUCUGACUUUUUUUUCUUCUUCCUCUUUGUCAUCAUGGUUGUUCUCUUCAUAUAUAAGAUGGUCCUCACUGCCAUCGAGAGCGUUAUUUAUGACACACUUCUUGAAAGAUGUAACAAUAAUGUCUUCUCUCACUCUAGACUAUGACUCUUUUAUCCACUGACACACUUGUUUUAUUGUAGGUCGUUUUAAAGCUCCCUUUGGUGUGAAUAUUUGAUAUUCACUUGAUAUUUAUUUAAAUAAUUUUUUUUUGAAAAUAACAUUAGUUGCAACUUCCAUAAUCCCCAUGGUCAAAGUGUUUAAGGGAUGCCAUUGGCCAACUAACUUUUAUUCUUUUUAUUUCAUAAUCAUUCUGGAAUUUUAAAUGCUUAUUGUGAAAUGAAUACAGUCAAACCCGGUUAUGUCGACAGCCUUGGGGUUUGUCUAAAAGCAUAGAGAUAACUAAUGAGCGAGAUAAACGAAACCCAAUAUGGCGGCAAUAUAUUAACAUGUGCUUAAAAUUUCUUUACGUACAUGAUGUGCAUUUAUAAAUCAGAUGUACAUGCAUGUGUUUUUGGAUUUUUUUUUUUCACGCAACAGCGUUACCGCGAUUUGUUUGAUGAAGUGAUCGGCAUGCUAUAAAAAUGUACACACAUGUUUGCUAACAACACAAGGCAUAUGUGGGGUGUCACUUUUCGGGAUUAUCAUGGAAUUCCGGAUUCGUGAGGCUAAAUAUUUUUCAGCUUCAGACUCAUGAGUUUUUAUUUUCUCUCGCUCCAGAUUCUGCAAUUCAGUAUAUUUAAAUACGGCUUCUAGGUUAAAAAAAAAAUCGACCUGUAAGAAGGCGUGAAAGCCUAUUAGGUAUUAAGCGACAAGCGGGAUUGCUAUAAAUAGAACAGUCACUGCGACCCCUCUCUUUUGUUUACAAGCCUCUUGCUUCUUGCUGUGUCAAGUUAAUUGCGCAGACAAUAUUGUCAUUUCAUUUCAAUUACUACAGUUUGAAGUAGGCACGUUUCUGUGGUAUAUAAUUUUCAAAAGUCAGUGAUUUGUCGUGGACAUCGAGAUAUCAGGGUUCGGCGACAUAAAAGAAUUUACAUAACCGAGGAGAAUUUGCGAAGACAAAGAGAGAAUUGGGUGGUUCCACUACAAAUACGUCGACAUAACAGGGUUGGCAAGUUAACCGAGGUUGAGUUAAGUGGGUUUGACUGUAAGUUGUAAUAAUAUCCUGUAUUCUUGGUGCAAUCCUUCUAGGCUAUGAUGUCGAGGGCAGUGAGUGGGGACCUGUAUGUGUCGGUCAUGUGUACGGCAUCAUAGGGAAACUCAAGCUACACCCUGGUAAGCUUUUUUAUGUUGUCUGAUGGAGAAGGGUGGCUAUUCACAGGGAUAGGUAGGACAGUCAAACACAUGCUGGUUAGGACAGUUAUUCUCAGUUGGGAAAGAGCUAUCAUUCAUUGAACAAGCAUGAAUGGAUGUUCAUUGCGAGAUAUUAAAUGUCAGGCAGGGUAUGACAUUCAAUGUCAGGCAGGGUAUGACAUUCAGUGUCAGACAGGGUAGGACAUUCAGUGUCAGACAGAGAAGGACAUUCAAUUUCAGACAGGGUAGAACAUUCUAUGUCAGACAGGGUAGGACAUUCAAUUGCAGACAGGGUAAGACAUUCAUUGUCAGACAUCGUAGGACAUUCAGUGUCAGACAGAGUAGGACAUUCAGUAUGAGGUAGGGUUGGACAUUAAAUGUCAGACAGGAUAGGACAUUCAAUGUCAGACAGAGUAGGACAUUCAAUGUCAGACAGGGUAGAAAAUUCAUUGUCAGACAGGGUAGGACAUUCAUUGUCAGACAGAGUAGGACAUUCAGUAUCAGAUAGGGUUGGACAUUAAAUGUCAGACAGGGUAGGACAUUCAAUGUCAGACAGAGUAAGACAUUCAAUGUCAGACAGGGUAGAAAAUUCAUUGUCAGACAGGGUAGGACAUUCAAUGUCAGACAGUGUAGAAAAUUCAUUGUCAGACAGGGUAGGACAUUCAAUGUCAGACAGUAGGACAUUCAAUUGCAGACAGGGUAGGAAAUUAGUUGUCAGACAGGGUAGGACAUUCAGUUUCAGAUAGAGUAACAGAUUAGGACUUUUAGUGUCAGCCAGGGUAGGACAUUCAGUGUCAGACAGGGUACAACAUUCAGUGUCAGACUGAAUAGGACAUGCAAUGUCAGACAGGGUAGGACAUUCAAUGUCAGACAGGUUAGGAGUUUAAUUUCAGACAGGGUAGGACCUUCUAUAUCAGACAGGGUAGGGCAUUCUAAAUCAGACAUGGUCGGACCUUCAGUAUCAGACAGGAAAGGACAUUCAUUGUCAGAUAGGGUUAGAAAUUCAGUGCUAGACAGGGUAGAACAUUCAUUGUCAUACAAGGUAGGACAUUCAUUGUCAGCCAGGGUAGGACAUUCAGUGUCAGACAGGGUACAACAUUUAGUAUCACACAGGAUAGGACAUUCAAUGUCAGACAGGUUAGAAAGUUUAAUUUCAGACAGGGUAGGACCUUCCAUAUCAGACAGGGUAGGACAUUCAAUGUAUGCCUGGGUAGGACAUUCAGUAUUAGACAGGAAAGGACAUUCAUUGUGAGACAGGGUUAGACAUUCAAUGUCAGACAGCAUAGGACAUUCAAUAUCCGAAUUGGAAGGACAUUCAAUUUCAAACAGGGUAGGACAUUCAUUCAAGGGAAUAAAUUUAGUUUGGUUUCAAACUCUUGCUAUGUCUGAACUCUUCAUGACAUUCACAUCUCUUGCUGAUUGAAUUCUCCUUGUUAUUCACAUCCAAGCAACCCGAUGUGUAUUAAUAUUUCUAGGGGCAUUGUUAACAGACAGAAGUCUAUUGAACUUCAGUAAAACCUGCUGUUGUGGGAAUUCAUAGUUUCUCAUCAAAAACAAUUGUAAGGUAGCGAGUGCAAUCACACAAGCAAAGCAACAGUUGUUUGAAGAAUUAUUUAAAGCAAAGUAAUUUUUUAAAAGUAAAAAAAUUGUUUGAGGCAACAUAGCACCCACUACAUCAGUUAUUUAAGUUCUGCUUGGUCAGGGUGAAUUCUUUCCCACAAAGUAAGGUCAGGAAAAUGAGGAAACUAUUUGUUCCCCAGCGUGUCAUUAUGCAUACAUGUGCUUUCCCAGCUGUUUACAAAAUCAAGUAAGCACUCAAUACUGUCAUCAGUGUCGUAGCACUAAAGGCUUUCAGUAUCAACCCUACUAAAUGGGUGCAGACAGCCCAGGACAGAGCCAUUUGGAGUGUAGCUGUCAAGAAAGGGGCUAAUUCUCAUGAAGCCAGUAGGAUAAGCACAGCCGAGACACGCAAGCUCGCCCGAAAAAGAAUUCCGCUACGGAAUUGUUUUUAUUAAAAUAAGUCUACAGCAACAAAAAAAUGACAAGAACAAAAAAAAAUUAAUUGAAGGUCAGGAGGUAAAUGUGUUUAAGAACUGUAAUAAUGUUAAGUUAUACUUAUUUUUACAUUAAAUUUACUUUAUUUAAAAUUUUCCUUCCCUGGUCUUCAAAGCUGCAAACCUGUCAAUUGUGCUCAGAUGUUAAGGGGCGUGCUAGUGACAAAUUAGCUAAAAUAUUAAUUUAGAGUUUUUCUGGGUUUCAAUAUAUUUGUUUUCAAAAACCAUUUCUUUUUAAAAUUAAAUUAAAUUAAAUUAAUUAUUAAAAGAUUGAAAGUUUUGUCAAAUAUUAUUUUGUUUAGCCUACCCUAUAAAUGGAGAAAAAGUAAUUUUUUAUGUCAGUUAUUUUUACAGAUUAGAUACAUGUACUUAGAAUCGCCCAACCACUUCGUAUUUGGUAUCAGUGGAAAGCUCUAUUUCUCAGAAUUAAGAUAAAUAUAACUUCCUGUCACUUACGAUAGUUACCGAGCACCUCAUUUGGCAUUGAAUCCUUUUAUUUUAUGAAAUUCGGUUAGACUAAGCAGCGAGUGCUCUGUAAAUAAGCACUUUUUCAACUUGGUGUUCCUGAGAUGGUGUCAUUCCCCUAGCUACGCCACUGAUUGCCAUUAAGGAAGUGAGGUGAUCUGUUGCAUAUAAUCAUGGCAGCAGUCUGUCAGCAUGGAUCUCUGCAUCAAGAUGAGUGACAGAGCCAACAAAGCUGUUCACACUGCGAAUCAGUUAUGCUGUAUUAACUAUAGAAAAAAUAUGAAAAAUAAAAAAUAUUUAAAGGCUCAAGGUCGCUAAUCUCAUGUCUCAUCCUUGUUUAUGACAUUUGAUUAAAAUAGGUGCUUAGUGAACAGAUUGACAGAUUUGAUUCACAAUACAGGCUUCCAUGAUAUGGAUUCAUGUUUUAUAAGUCGUUUUAACAUAGUUUUGAGUCUGGGUUAAUUAAAUCAAGAGCAUCUUAAUAAGGCCGCACCAGGUUACACCCUCACAUGGGGCUAACAACAUACGGAAAUGUUUCAUAAUUGACAGGGUUCGCUUGAAUCUAUUUCAUCACAGAUCUGAGUUAAAUACAAGCACAGGGUGCCACCAGAGCAGGAUGUCACCAAAACAGGUUGCCGCAGGUAACCACCAGAACAGGGUGCCACAUGAGCAGAGAGACUCAGAGAAGGUUCAUGGGGUAGUCUGAUGGAGGUGAAGAGUUUGGCAGUAGAGCGAUCAAGAGACACUGGACUCAAUUUGUAAACAAAACAACAACAACAGCCAUGAGGGCUUAUUUAUCGAUUGUCAUUCUGAACUCCAAAUCAGAUCAAUAGCCUUCAAGGAGGUAGCCGAUAUGUUUAAAGCAGAGGCGUAGAAAGGUCGUUGACCUUGUCUGCAUUUUUUAUUUAUAUGGAGAGAUGGUGUUAAGCACUGCCUUCUCUUGUGAGAAAUUAAUCUCUUGUUUUAAGUUAUGGCUUGAUCAAACAGUGCCUAACAAAGGACGAUACCAUAGACAAACACAUUAACAAAAUUACGACACCCAAAACAGUUGCCAAUUACAAUAAAUAAGAUUUAAUUUAGUAAUAAUACAAUUAUGAAAUAAAAGAAAUAUUAUUACAAAUCAUCAACUUACAGAGUAUCUGAAAAUCUGGUACCUGUACACACUUAUUACAAUGUGCCAAUUAAUAAUGAUGAAUGCGAAUAAACACAUAAGUACACAAAGAAUAAUACAUGUCUCGUGAAGUUAAUAAAAAUAUCUAUCAAUCUAUCUGAAUCCCUCCUCUCAAUGUGCCUGUCAAUCCCUUUAUGUAUGUGGGUCUACCGACUCGUAAGCCCUGCCUUCCAGAAGCUACUCAGCAUUUGUUUUCAUUUCUAGAACAAUCGCAAACAUUCUACAAAAUACUAGGAGGCAGUCUAACCAUAUUUAAUUGGAAAGGCGGUAGUAAGCAAGAUACAUCAUACAUCAAACGAAUAGGCCAUGCCCACAACAAACGCUAACGUCUGCUAGGGAUCUAAUUUGGGUCAAGCAAAGUUCAAGCACGGGAAAAUAGUGUACUACUAACAGAUGUCAUUUCUGGUAAAUUGCUUUUUUUUCUUGGAGUCCUGCAUGGAACUGUUGGAAACAAAUCUUUGCCUGCUCUGCGUGACACUAACCCCAGCUAAGCCACUAACCCCAGCUAAGCAACAGUUUUGAAUUUCUUCUAGAUAAGAGUCUGCUUUAGCUGUCAGAAGAGUUACUGUGUCCAUUCCCAAACUGCCAAUUUCUAUGAUGAGUUAUCUAAAAGUGAACUUUUAAUUUAAUACCAAAGCUGGGAAGGCACCUGAAACCAGCAGAUAUUAAUAUUGACGAAGCCAAAGAUUGGUCAUUAUUUUAAGUUUUGAAAUUCAUGGCUGAAUGGGAAUUCCCAUAAUCUUGCCCAAUCCUCCGACACCUAAAUUAUUUAUGAUGGUCUUUGAGUCUGUGGCUUCGUGACUGUCUUCAUGUGAGAGGAGCAUUUCUAAACCGAAACUUAUUUAAAAAAACAAACAAACUAUCUGUGAUCUACUAUAACAAUCCAGGCUUUUUGUUCUUACGAUUCUGUCCAUUGGUUGUGAUGAAGUGAUUGACAGGUUUGCUUCCAUAAAUGAUGGAAGAGUAAAGUUUUAUCUGAAAAGUUUAAAUGUUUCAAUAAAAGCUUUUUGAUCAAAUUUCAAGAUGUUUCCUCUAUCUAAGCUGUUUCAUCAAAUUGUAAGAUGUUUCCAUUAUCUUUUGUAAGAUGUUUCCAUUAUCUUUUGUAAGAUGUUUCCUCUAUCUUUUGUAAGAUGUUUUCUCUAUAUUUUGUUACUUUAUUAAAAACAAUUCUAUGAGCGAUUCUUUAUGAUCUGGUUAGCAAUUACUCUGUGCAGGUUUGGGGGUGGGGGAUCUGGACGGUGGGGGACACCAUGAGUUGACUGCACCAGGUGACACCAACCCUAAUGACACCUCUGUACUAAGUCAUAAGACACCAAGAGUUUCUUUUUCCUAUUAAUAAAAAAGCUUUGGUGUGUUGACUGACUCCAUUCAGGGUGUGUUGACCGACUCCAUACAGGGUGUGUUGACCAACUGCAUACAGGGUGUGUUGACUGACUCCAUACAGGGUGUGUUGACUGACUCUAAACAAGGUGUUUUGACUGACUCCAUACAGGCUGUGUUGACCGACUCCAUACAGGCUGUGUUGACUGACUCCAUACAAGCUGUGUUGACUGACUCCAUACAGGCUGUGUUGACCGACUCCAUACAGGGUGUGUUGACCGACUCCAUACAGGGUGUGUUGACCGACUCCAUACAGGGGUGUGUUGACCGACUCCAUACAGGCUGUGUUGACCUACUGCAUACAGGGUGUGUUGACCGACUUCAUACAGGGUGUGUUGAGUGACUCCAUACAGGCUGUGUUGACCAAACUCAUAAGGCUGUGUUGACCGACUCCAUACAGGGGGUGUUGACCGACUCCAUGCAGGGUGGGUUGACCGACUCCAUACCGGGUGUGUUGACCGACUCCAUACAGGGUGUGUUGACCGGCUCCAUACCGGGGUGUGUUGACCGACUCCAUACAGGCUGUGUUGACCUACUGCAUACAGGGUGUGUUGACCGACUUCAUACAGGGUGUGUUGAGUGACUCCAUACAGGCUGUGUUGACCAAAUUCAUAAGGCUGUGUUGACCGACUCCAUACAGGGUGUGUUGACCGACUCCAUGCAGGGUGUGUUGACCGACUCCAUACAGGGUGUGUUGACCGACUCCAUACAGGGUGUGUUGACUGGCUCCAUACAGGCUGUGUUGACCAAAUUCAUAAGGCUGUGUUGACCGACUCCAUACAGGCUGUGUUGACCGACUCCAUGCAGGGUGUGUUGACCGACUCCAUGCAGGGUGUGUUGACUGACUCUAUACAGGGUGUGUUGACCGACUCCAUGCAGGGUGUGUUGACUGACUCCAUGCAGGGUGUGUUGACUGACUCCAUACAGGGUGUGUUGACUGUCUCCUCUCCAUACAGGCUGUGUUGACCGACUCCAUGCAGGGUGUGUUGACCGACUCCAUGCAGGGUGUGUUGACUGACUCUAUACAGGGUGUGUUGACCGACUCCAUGCAGGGUGUGUUGACCGACUCCAUGCAGGGUGUGUUGACCGACUCCAUACAGGGUGUGUUGACUGGCUCCAUACAGGCUGUGUUGACUGACUCCAUACAGGAUGUGUUGACCGACUCCAUACAGGCUGUGUUGACCAACUGCAUACAGGCUGUGUUGACUGACUCCAUACAGGGUGUGUUGACUGACUCUAAACAAGGUGUUUUGACUGACUCCAAUUUUACAGUUUUACUUUUUGUCUCUUUACUCUUUGGUUUUUAUAUUUUACUUCCACCCACUUUCUUUCCAUACUUCUGAUGUUUGUUUUCAUUAUUUUGCCCAUUAUUAUUCUUUCCUUUUAAAGUAUAGGUAGGAUAUACAUUUAUUAUGUACAUUUUUUAAAUAAUAAUAUCAAUAUUUUGUUGUUGUACUGAUGACUGCAUGUGCAGAAACUUUAGAAUUUUAUUUUGUCUGAUCAUAAUUAAAGCUAACAUACAUUGUUUUAUUUACACAAAUUGUGUCUCAUUAAUUUCCACAGAUUCUGAAUGGAGGCUGCUCCUGAUUAAACAACAAAGUCUAGUGUGUCAGUUGGCCGAUCAGUACAACAUAUAUAGAAUCAAUAAAAUUGCUGUGCUUCCUCUAACAACAGGAGAAAGUGCUGCAGAUCUUGAUUUAGAGGUAGGUGCUUUUUGAAAUAGUCACUCAGAAAAGUAAUUUCCCUUUUUUGGUGUUAAAUGCAUGUUUAAAAAGUAGUUGGUCUGAUUGCUUACGAAAAACUCUGCUAUUUUCAAUGCAGGUUUGUAGGAAACAUUCAUCCAAGAAGCCAGAAACAGAUGCCUCACACCUUCAACGAACAUGGCACACCCUUAGGACCGCUGCAGAAAGUGUCAAAUCUAAAAAGGUGCAACUCGAGGGAUGGGUUGUGGUAUUAUAAACUGGCACAAAACUAGAAGAGAGAGAUUUAACUGUCAAUAAAUAAUUAAUAAAUGUUACAUGUUGUAUGCAGCUAAUGUUAAUCUAUUUUUUGACUAGCUUAAAAUUUAGGAUCAUUUCUUGGGCAAACCUAAUCAGCUGUUAAAAUUGGGUUUUAAGAUGAUUAAAAUUUUAACCCCCCCCCCCCAAAAAAAACAACUUUUUAGCUUAUUCAGCAUUUCCUUAAGUUACAAUGCCAAGUUGUCUUCACAUGGAAAUAAGUCAAACAAAUUUGGGAUAAACCUGAAAAAAAGGACACAACACAACAUCACAUGUUUCCCAUAAUUUUUUUGGACUCAUUUACUUCUACCUAAGCUGAUUGCAGUCUCUCCCCCUUAUUAUCAUUGUUCCUGAAAGCAAGUUGAGAUUGACAAAUAAAUAUGUAUAAAGUCAUAUAAGCUGUAGUUGAAAGUUCAUCGAUUUUAGAAAGGACAUAACUCAUUUCCAUGUUCCAUAAUGAUACCAAUCAACACAGUUACUUCCCUACAAGUAACAGCUACUGCUGUAUUCAUUUACACACAUCAAGUAAUUAUCAGAGUAUCUAGAAGUGAUUACCAUAGUAUCUAGAAGGGAUUACCAGAGUAUCAAGAAGUGAUUACCAGAGUAUCAAGAAGUGAUUACCAGAGUAUCUAGAAGUGAUUACCAGAGUAUCUAGAAGUGAUUACCAGAGUAUCUAGAAGUGAUUACCAGAGUAUCUAGAAGUGAUUACCAGAGUAUCUAGAAGUGAUUACCAGAAUAUCAAGAAGUGAUUACCAGAAUAUCUAGAAGGGAUUACCAGAGUAUCUAGAAGCAAUUACUAAAGUAUCUAGAAAUGAUUAUUAAAGUAUCCAGCACAUUAAAAAAGUUUAACUGACACAUGCACAACUCAGAGUCAGUCAACACAAUUAUCAAAUAAGAAGCAGUUAUUUGAGAUAACAAAUUGAAAGUCCACCUAUUUUCUAAAUAGAAAUCCCCCUAAAAAAUUUUAGAAAAUAAUUUAACUUGAUUAUCAUUUGGUUAAAAAAUAACAUGAAAUAAUAAUUUCAAAUUGAUAUCUUGAUUAUUGUUGACAUCUCUUAUAUAUAUUACGCUUCUGGUGUGACUGUGGACUGCUUCCUAUUCAGCGUAUUUGGUAUUGAGAGUAUAUUACAAAUAAUUUUAUAUGUUUGAAAGAAAGUAUGGUUCAAUAAUAAGUUCACUAGUGCGCAAAAUAUAAUUCCAGAUUACGCUAAAUGAUAUAUAUAUAUAUAUAUAUAUAUAUAUAUAUAUAUAUAUAUAUUAUUUUAAUAAUCCAACUGUGUAAAAUUUUCUUUUCGGAAAAUGAAAUCAUCUCAAUUUAUGUAUGUUCUGUUUUGUAUAUUAAAAAUAAUUUUAUAUGUUUGAAAGAAAGUAUAGUUCAAUAAUAAGUUCACUAGAGCGCAAAAUAUAAUUAUAGAUUACGCUAUAUGAUAUAUAUAUAUAUAUAUAUAUAUAUAUAUAUAUAUAUAUAUAUAUUAUUUUAAUAAUCCAACUGUGUAAAAUUUUCUUUUCGGAAAAUGAAAUCAUCUCAAUUUAGGUAUGUUCUGUUUAAAAGUGGUUGGGACAUCAGAAUAUUGAAUAUAGAUCAUGUGCGUGAAAUAAAAAGUGUGCAGUGAAGGGGGAAGGGGUGUAGCAAAAAUUGGGAUGUGCGUUACUUGAGUUCAUAUUACUUUAGUAGAUGGGAAGUUCAGGCAUUGCUGUCAUCAAGGUGGGCUAGAUCUAGUACUUAUUUAAAAUAAAAAAUGUAUUCUCAUAAUUUUUAACCAGGUUAAGGUGAAUAAAACAUUACACAUACAUAACAUUAGAAUAAUAGCAGAACUGUUGGCUUAGUAAGAAAUUUAUAAUAUAACUAGUAUUAAAUAAAAUGUUUUUCACAAAAUAUAAAGAAAUUUUCAACAAAUUAUAUAUUUGAAUUUAUUUUUUAUUUAGAAAGAGACAAAAGAUAAAGAGAAAUUUGAAAAGAGAAUACUUGAGGUAAGUUAAAAUUCUACUGCAGCACUGAAAUAUUAUGUUCAACAAAACUCUAUUAGUUUACAGCUUGAAAUAUUGUGUUCAACUCAUUUAUUAAACACAUUAAGUAAAAAUUCUACUAGCAUACAGCAUGAAAUAUUGUGUUCAACCCAUUUAUUGAACACAUUAAGUCAAAAUUCAACUAGCUUACAGCAUGAAAUAUUAUGUUCAACCCAUUUAUUGAACACAUUAAGUAAAAAUCUACUAGCAUACAUAAAAAAAAUCGCGUUUAACUCAUUUAUUGAAAAAAUUAAGCAUUUAUUAUUUGAACAAUUUUAUUUCAUUUUCACCCAGGGUUAGAUUUGUAUUGCUGUUAAAAAUAAACGGAUGAAUCGUGCCGCCCCAGCUAUACAUUUUGGGGAACUAUUUUCUUAGAGAUCCUAAAUGGGAACUCUGAGUUUCCUGAGACCGACUCCCUACACUCCACGACCUUAUUGCAGUUAAAAAAUGAAUACAAUAUUUUAUUUGUCUGACUUUUUAGGAACUGAUGAAGAUGUACAACGGCUCGAAUUACUUCUACUACAGUCAUGACUUUGAUGUGACGACCAGUUUGCAGCGUCAGUACAGCCAAAGUUAUGACAGGUCACUGCCACUGUGGAAGAGAGCGGAUGAGAGAUUUUUCUGGAACAAGCACAUGCUGCUAGAGUUGAUGGAAACAAAUGUAAGCUUUUACCUUGCCGAUGAAAAUUAUUCACACAUUCUUGCGUCGCAUCACAUUAAAACUGAACACAAGUCCUACCAAAAAAUAAAAAUGUAAAUCCCAGUUAUCCAUCAUCUGCAAUAAUGCAAACAUAUAUAGCCAAGCUGGCAUGAAGAAGACAAUAAAGACAAUAAAACACACAACACACAAUAAAACACACCACACAAUAAAACACACCACAAAAUAAAACACACCACACAAUCAAACACACCACACAAUAAAACACACCACACAAUAAAACACACCACACAAUAAAAUAAAACACACCACACAAUCAAACACACCACACAAUCAAACACACCACACAAUAAAACACACCACACAAUCAAACACACCACACAAUCAAACACACCACACAAUAAAACACACCACACAAUAAAUCACACACCACACAAUAAAACACACCACACAAUAAAACACACAACACACAAUAAAACACACCACACAAUAAAACACACCACACAAUAAAACACACCACACAAUAAAACACACCACACAAUAAAACACACCACACAAUAAAACACACCACACAAUCAAACACACCACACAAUAAAACACACCACACACAAUAAAACACACCACACACAAUAAAACACACCACACAAUAAAAUACAAAAUAUCGUGUGUAACAAUUACAAGUCAAUGUUUAUGCUGACACUGGUCAUGUGUUUCAACAAUAAAACUGAUUGUUUCCCCUAGAGUCUUUAACAAAACUAACCGUGAGACAUUGUGAAUGGUGAGACAUUGUGAAUGUUUCGUGUAUGUUAGAAAUUAAAAUGUUCUUGAUCAUUUCAUUACAAUAAUGUUUUAAUAAUUCAUAUAUUAUCUUUAAUUCAACUUUAAAAUUAAGACAUCUUUUAUAACUGUCCAUCUGUGGUAAGUUGUUAUAGAAUUAUUUUUUGUUUAAUGGUAGAUAGUAAUAAUAAUUUUGAUUUAUUUAAAAUAGAAAAGUUUGUUAGAAUUUAGUUUUUACCAAGUUCCAAAAAUGAUCAUAUUUAAUGGUUGUGAAUGUAAUCUUGUACACAGGAUCCAUUGGCUGACCACUGGAUGGUGCCUGUUAUUCAAGGUUUUGUUCAGAUGGAGAAGUGCAUCAUGGACUUUGAUGAAGACAAAAAGCUGGACAUGUCCAGUUCUGUAGAUUUCUCAAGCCGAAGACUUGAGCCACUGGGCUACAACAUCAGCAUCAUAUCUCGGAGGAGUCGGCACAGAGCAGGUUCAUCAAACACUCAUUAAAAUUUAAAAAAAAAAAAUAGUUCAGCCUGCUGUUCCACUUGUGUUGUUCACUAGAAGAAAAAUAAAACUCAUUUUAAAGCAUAAUUCAUAAUGACCUCACAAAAAAUCAUAAAUAAUCAAAUUAAAAUUAAUAAAUUACUAAAAUAAAUGUCUACUUCAUUCUAGGAACAAGAUCAAGAAAAAGGGGAAUUAAUGCAAAUGGAGCUUGUGCAAAUUAUGUUGAGACUGAGCAGGUAAUACUGUGUUAAUUUGUCACUGUUGAGUUUGUCACUGUUUAAUUUUUCUCUGUUUAAUUAGUCACUGCUUAGUUUGUCACUGUUUGAUUUGUCACUGUUUAAUUAGUCACUGCUUAGUUUGUCACUGUUUAAUUUUUCUCUGUUUAAUUAGUCACUGCUUAGUUUGUCACUGUUUAAUUUGUCACUGUUUAAUUAGUCACUGCUUAGUUUGUCACUGAUUAAUUUUUGCUGUAAUUUCAUUUUUUAUUUUUAAGUUCUUGACUUUGUAACACUAUAUUUGAAAAUUUGACAAAACAUGUUUAAAAGUUAAUAUUUGUUUUCAUUUUAUAGCAGUAACUAAAUAGUAGAUGUUUUGGGACACUCAUCUAAAAUUAUACUUCUGAUGUGUUGGUGACAGUCAUCUGAUGUGUUUUUUAUUUGCAGAUUAUUGAAUUUACUCCACACCUGGUGUCAUUUGUGCAAGUGCGGGGUUCCAUACCUGUAUUUUGGAGUCAGUCAGGAUUUAAAUAUCGCCCCCCACCUCAGCUAGAUAAAGGU